CGUGUCCUAGGGAUGUAUUUUGGAGCUGGACCUUGUAACAUGACUUAUGACACAUUCAGAGUUGAAUCUGUUGUGUAGGACAUUGUAAUGUUUACAGUCUUAGAUCAUUUCUUACAAGUCUGUUGAUUAAACAUAUACGUUUAGCCUUUUCUGUAUUUUCCCGUCACUGCGUCCAGUCUUCUUUCGGUAUGGUUCAAGCUUUGACUGUGGAGGAGGGUGGAAGAUAAACAGACAUUAGAGAUGCCUGCUGGAGCCUUGCGGGCAUUUGGGGGGAUGAUUUGGGGGAAGUAUUUAUUAACUACAGGGCUGCGGGGCUGCAGGUGUAGACUAGGCUGUCAUCCCAGGAGACAUUACGGCUUUCUUCCAGACGAUGUCAAAUCCUUACGAGCUCUGGUCAACCCUGAUAUAUCCAAGAUCAGAAACAUCGGCAUCAUGGCCCACAUUGACGCAGGGAAGACUACGACCACAGAGAGGAUGCUUUAUUAUUCUGGGUAUACAAGGGCGUUAGGAGACGUGGACGAUGGGGACACGGUCACAGAUUUCAUGGCUCAAGAGAGAGAGCGUGGCAUCACCAUCCAGUCAGCAGCGGUCACGUUUGAUUGGAAAAGUCACAGGAUUAACCUCAUAGACACCCCAGGACACGUUGACUUCACCCUGGAGGUGGAGCGGGCUCUCCGCGUCCUGGACGGGGCCGUUGCAGUGUUUGAUGCGUCUGCUGGCGUGGAGGCUCAGACUCUGACCGUGUGGAGACAAGCGGAGAAGCACCACGUACCCUGCGUUUGUUUCCUGAAUAAGAUGGACAAGCCUGCAGCAGACUUAAGUUUCUCCAUUGAGAGCAUAAAACAGAAGUUGAAAGCCAAUCCGGUCCUCCUACAGAUUCCCGUGGGCAGUGGUAAGACCUUCACAGGCGUGGUCGACCUGCUGACCAACCAGAAGCUGGUUUGGAAGAUCAGAUCCCUCAAAGACGACGACGGACGAGCGUUUGAAAUCAAAAAUCUCGACCGGUCCGAUGAUCCAGAACUGCUGCAGAUGGUCAGCGAGGCCCGGACGGCUCUAAUAGAGCAGGUUGCUGAUCUGGACGACGAGUUUGCGGAUCUGCUCUUGACAGAUUUUAGUGACAAUUUCGAUGCCGUUCCCUCCAUCAAACUGCAGGAGGCCGUGCGGCGGGUCACUCUGGCCCGUAAAGGCGUCCCCGUGCUCUGCGGGAGCUCUUUGAAAAACAAAGGUGUUCAGCCUCUUCUGGACGCCAUCACCGCCUACCUGCCUGCCCCCAACGAACGGCACCACGACCUGGUGCGCUGGUACAAAGACGACCUGUGUGCGCUGGCCUUCAAGGUUCUCCACGACAAGCAGCGCGGCCCUCUGGUGUUCCUCAGGGUCUACUCUGGUGCUCUGAAACCACAGAUGGCCGUCCACAACAUCAACCGGAACAGCAUUGAGAGGAUGAGCAGGCUGCUGGUUCCGUUUGCGGAUCAGCACGUGGAAAUCCCCUCGAUCACAGCGGGAAACAUCGCACUAACGGUCGGACUGAAGCAGACGGUCACUGGAGACACCAUCGUUUCAUCCAAGGCGUCGGCAGCAGCUGCAGCCCGUCGAGCUCAAGAGGACGGCGAGUCGGGGAAGAAGAAGAGCGGGGAACAUCCCAGCGUCAUCCUCUCAGGGGUGGAGGUCCCCGAUCCCGUCUUCUUCUGCACCAUAGAGCCCCCCACCAUGUCCAAACAGGCCGAUCUCGAAAAUGCGCUCAACUGCCUCCAGAGAGAAGACCCCAGCCUCAAAGUCCGAGUUGACCCAGAUUCCGGUCAGACCAUUUUGUGCGGGAUGGGGGAGCUGCACAUCGAGAUCAUCCACGACCGGAUCAGGAGGGAGUACGGCAUCGAGACCUACCUCGGACCCCUGCAGGUGGCUUACAGAGAGACCAUCCUCCGCGAGGCCUCCACCACAGACACGCUGGACCGGACGGUGGGGGAGAGGAGGCACGUCGCCACGGUGGAGCUGGCUGUGAGGCCCGUGGAGGCCGGGGCUUCGUGUGAAGUCGCCUUCACGGAAGAAUUGGAGGCACGGCUGUCACCGGAGCUGAAGGAAGCGAUGACCAACGGAGCACACAGCUCAUAUCUUCAAGGUCCCCUCCUUGGUUACCCUCUACAGGGCGUGUCUGCUCUGAUCCAAAGCGCUGGAAUACAACCAGGAACGUCCGCGGCCAUGGUGUCGGCCUGCGUGUCCCGCUGCAUGCUGAAGGCCCUGAGGCUGGCGGGGGGGCAGGUCCUGGAGCCGGUCAUGUCGCUGGAGGUGACGGUCGGAGAGGAGCACCUCGGCUCGGUGCUGGGAGACCUGGCCCAGAGACGGGGGACGGUCAGAGACGUGCAGAGUCGCCACGACAGCAAGGUGCUGCUGGCGACGGUGCCGCUUGCUGAGAUGAUGGGUUAUUCCACCAACCUGAGGACACUGACGUCUGGAAACGCCACGUUCUCCCUGGAGCUGGACGCCUACGAGGCCAUGAACCCCCAGGAGCAGAGCGCCCUUGUUAAAAGGAUGACUGGUCUGAUGUGAUCUCCUGGAGCUCAGCUGACCUGGCGCCCUGCGACACGCGUGAUCUGAAGUUCAGGCGUGAACGCACCAAGACACGUUGAGAGGAUUAACUGGUGUCCUCAGAGUAGCUGGAGCAAGGCAACAACAACAACAACAACAACAACAAGGCUGUCACAGAAGAGACUAAAGCCCCAGCUCUACCUUGUUCCUGUUCUCUUUUCUUCCUCGCAUUUUAAAAUUUCAGCAGACCAGAAACAGGAAGUUUUCUUUCUGACGAAUGCAGACGAACAUGAUGUGUGUGUGUGUAAAACAUGAAACAUCCACAACUUAAAUGACAACUGUUUUAUUGACAAUUAUACAAACAUUUGUAGUAAAAUAAAAAAAGAGUGCAAUCAGAAA